AUGUCGUUCGUGAUUAGCAGCUCGAGCUCCGAAUUCACCCACAGAGGUGCCAGCAAGGCCGCUGGAGAUGCGGGCAACGUGAAGCUAUAUUCUGGUGACAUCAAAAAAGAAUUCGCACAGCUAGGUCAGAUCAAGGCUCGGGGAAGGACCUGUCCAUUCUGCGACCUUAUAUACCGAGCGGUCCAGCGUUACAGCGGCAUCCGAGUAGGCGCAGAGACCGCCUUGUUUCUGUCCUGGGAGGUGGAUGGCCGCCAGAUCGGAAAGGGCGGACGUACUGUCAACCGCACACGAAGGAUCCGGUUGUCAUGGAGGGAGACGAGCGGCAAGGAAGAGAGCGUCUACCUGGUUCUCGUAGCACCCAAAGGCGCCCGGGGCAUAAACUCAGACGCCUAUGCAGCUUCCGCCAAAGAGUCUCACUUCCUCGGCCGCGGCAUGGUGGACAACAGGGAAAAGCAGGCCCUCAUGAAGAGCUGGAUCGACCUCUGCGUGGAGAAGCACGGCCCAAAAUGCGAAGACACCCACAGUACCAGGCGCGACUUUAAGAGACUCAUCGGGAGCACCUAUUUUGGGGUCAUCGACGUGAUCGACAUGCAGCUCAGAGCGCUGCCUGUAGUGAAUGGGGAGCCCGAGCGAUACGUGGCCCUCAGUUAUGUAUGGGGGAAGAACCCGCUCAACGACAAGCCCUACAUGACCACGAGAGCCAACGUCAUGGUACGCAUCCAGCACGGGGGGCUCGAGAGCGUAUGGCAGCGCCUGCCGCGUACCAUACAAGAGACGAUCCUGCUAGUGGCUCGACUCGGCGAGCGAUAUGUGUGGAUAGAUGCCCUGUGCAUCGUGCAGGACAGCACCACGUCCUGGGAACUCAACGCCAAAGCGAUGCACCUGGCAUACGGAAACGCCCACUUCACCAUCUGCGCGGCCGACGGCGAUGCCGAGGCCGGCCUGAGAGCCGUCAGCCCUACUCUGCGUGUCGUGUCCCCGGAAACGCAUCGCAAGCGUGCAUCGGCGGGUUUCUCGCCUCCCCCCGUAAAAGUCAGCCACGCCAUGCGGCAAGGACAACAACAACAACAACAGCAACAACGGCCGCCCUCGCCGUCCCCCGACUCAACACGCAGCUCAUCCCCAUCCAGGCAUGGCAUGACGACGGAAGAAGUUCGCGGCACUCUCCGCGCAGCCGACGCGGCCGAGCAAGCCCCGCUGACGGCGAAAUGCCUGCCGAACGUGCGGCUCCUGGUCUCGCGACCCCCCGAGGCCGUCAUCGAGGAUUCGAUAUGGAACAAACGCGGCUGGACCUUCCAAGAACGCCUUCUCUCCCGCCGGUGCCUCAUCUUCGCCGAGGGCCAGGUCUACUUCCAAUGCCGCUCGACGGUCAUGUCGCAGCACAUCUUCACCGACGGCGGCAUCAACGGCUGGUCGCUGGACUGGACCAACUCGCCCCUCCGCACACUCGGAGAGCUCCAGCGCCGCGCGUUCUGGUUCUACAUGAAAUGCGUCCCGUUGUACACCAGCCGCAACCUGACCAAGGCCCGUGAUAUCCUGACGGCCUUCCAGGGCACCUCGUGGCUCUUGCAGCAGCGACUCGGUGCGCCUCUGUUCUACGGCCUGCCCACGUCCCACUUCGACUUGGCGCUGCUGUGGAUGCCCUCAAGGCAGCUGGAACGCAGGGGACGGGACCGAACGUCGCCGCGCCACCGGACCGCCGCGGUGCCGUGCACCCAGGACGAGAUGGGCAACUGCAGCUGCGAUGCAAACAAAAGCGGCUCCGAUGGUGAAGACUUCCCCAGCUGGUCAUGGAGCGGAUGGAUAGGGGGCAACGCAGACUACCCCCAGAGCAUGAUUGACGGCUGCGUGGCCAAUCCACAGGAGUGGUUGAAGCACCACACGUGGAUUCAGUGGUAUAUUCGCGACUACGAGGGGAAUCUACGGCCGCUGUGGGACAAACGGGUCCUGAGAGAAGAUCAAAGCACCGAGACUCGGUGGAGGGGUUACGCUGGGAAGCAGCCAAGUGAGGACGCGCAGCACGCCAGCCAUUCCACUCCGCGCCAAAGCGGUCCAACUGGCAGCCGUGCCGACAGGGCAUACACUCCCGAAAGAGAAGCUGUCUAUCGGAGCUACGCCUCCAAAAACCCAAGGCCGCGCCGGUCUCCACCUUCACAUCCACCUCGCCAUAUCAGGCAGAGAUCGGAUUCACGGAAGGGCAAGAGCUGGUCACGCCAGGCAAACACGGCUUAUGUAUCGAAAGUGCCUGCGGGAUACUACAACGGUGACGCCAAUGACGACGAGCUUGAUGAAGAAGGGCCGCUUUACAGCCGGACCAGAAGUGACGGCGAUUCAAAGUCAUACCGUCAAGUAAGCAGCAUAGAGCCUCGGCGAGGCAAUAGAAAAGCGCGCGUAUCCUGGGAGGACAACUCUGACUACGAAGACCACGAGCUCGAUGUUGACGACGACGACAAGGGAUGGAGCUCACAGUAUGGUGAGGAGUGGGUCGGCGAGACCUCCUCUGAUGGUGAUGAUGUUGAUGACGACGACGACGACGAUGCUGGAUCCGCUCAUUCUGAUUCUGCUGAUGAGGGAGGUUUCUUCCGGAUCACCACCAAGCGCCGGACCGAUCGCAGAAGCGACGAAGACAAUUUUGGCCGCCCUGUCCGUGCAAGUGAGAAAGGCCUCAACGCCACGAACUUCACGAGCAUCAUCCCCGACACUCCUUUCAGCAUCAUCCGAGGCCCCUUCCCAAAAACCAACAAGGACCACCAGAUCAGGGCAAUGCCCAUUCUACAGUUCUGGACCUGGCGGACGGAGCUCCUGGUCGCCAGCCGGCCGCCUUCCCCACGUCACAACUCAGCGCUGCAGUCGCCAGUGCCGGGCACGCCGGACGACGCACCGGGCAAGCUAUCCCGGCACGACAUCGUGGAUAAGGCAGGCGACUGGUGCGGCUCCAUUAUGCUCCCUCCUCGGCGUAGAAGCUCCCAUCACAACGGCACUGAGAAUGAGGCCAGCAGUCGCAUCGAUAAAGGCGGCAGCCGCGGCGUCGCGCCGGUCAUGUUCAUCGCUCUUUCGGACGCCAAAUCCCUAACCGAGGACGAGUGCCCGGUGUGGAACUACUACAUUGCCAAGGAGCGCGAGGAGAGUGAGUGGGACCUGUACUAUGUCAUGAUGCUCGAGCGCAAUCGCGAGCGCGCCUUGUGGGAACGGGUCGCUGUUGGUAAGGUCUUCCAGGCAGCAUUUCGUGAUGCUAUCUGGGAUGAGAUUAAGCUUGGUUAG